AUGAGUAGCAACCUAGACUCUAUUCCUAAGGAUUUGCUCACCCAUAUUUUGGCUCGAGUUGCAACAUCUUCGUUGAAUAGCUAUUUCAAUGUUAAACUAAGUUGCAAGAUGUUAAAAGAGGUAGCAGAAUGCAGCAAUGUGUAUAAGUGCAUCUCGCUCGAUGAGUUCCCUAUGGAUGCAUUGCACGAUAUGAAUGGAGAUGUUAGAAGUUUCAUCAAUCGAUGCGUAGAAUGUGAAAAUCUCGAUGCCCUCUAUAUGUUGGGAAUGAUUGAGUACUUCAGUUGCAAUAAUCUAGCCAAAGCCCUUGUGUGCUUGAACAAAUCUGCAAGUUUAGGCCACGUCGGAGCAUAUUACAUUAUCACCAUCAUUCUAUUAUUAAGUGGAAAGGACUUUAAACAAAGAGGAGUUACGUUACUCAGUGCAAUGAAGAGCUCAGUGGAGUACAGAGAAAAAGUGAAAUAUUACCGUGAAAAAUUAAUCAAGUUUUUGAGGUCAGCCAAGACAAGAAAUCCUAAGGUGUUAAAUGGCAGACCAACUUGUUGUACCAAUGAUCGUCAUAGGUUCUUGGAGACAAAUGCUUUGGCUUCAGUUGGAAACACGGACAAUUAUGUGUUUUGUGAUGCUUGCACAUGUGAUAGGGAAUUGAUCUAUAUAUUUGAAGGGAUUUGA